AUCACAUGCUCUGCUGCAGCUGAACAGCCCUGCAUACUUGGUGGAGGGGAAAGGUAGGCGACGGAACCAACGCAACCUCUGACCUCUCUUUUCGGCAAACCAUGGCGUCGUGGCUGUUGCUCCGGAGGAUCCAAUCUGCUGGCCGUCUAUCCGGCGGCCAUGGCCGGCUGCUCAGCUUCAGGGGCGGCGAGGGGCUCUGCCGUCCUCUUCCCCCGGCGGGCGAGCCAUCAGUCUGCAGCAGUGCCUACGGGCAAAUCAAGACAGACACCAGGAUCACGAACCAUGAGCCACAUCUCGACAGGUUUUCAGAUCCCCAGGUUGCUCAUGAGGACCGUCAGUUCAUUCAGUUCUUGGACAGGAUGCUGGAUGCGAUGAGGAACCCUCAAAGUCUUGCGCUAAUACAUCGUGGGAGGCUGGCAAGUGGGCUGAAAGCAUUGGAUGAUGACAUAUGAGCCAAGUUCCCUCUGCAGACAUACAAGAGCCGAAUAAACGUGAAAAUUUGUGUUGUGUAAAAUGAUCCUGCUGUGUUUUCUGACUAACAUUGCACAAGUUUAGUGUGUUGAGACUGAUGCUGUUUAGGUUCAUUCCUAGUGGAUGAGAACAUCAACUUACUUGAAGCAAUUUCAUCUCUGAAGUGGGAACUGUUUUUCAAUAUCAAAUUGCCAAUAAUCUAUAAUAAAUUGUAGGCUUACCUUUGCUCAAA